CUCCAUAACCCUUUUUCUUUCUUCCCAAUCUUCUCUCUCUUUCUCUCUCUUCCCUGAACCCUCUUCUACGACCCAUGUUUUGAUCUCUAUUUCAUAGAGAGGAGAUAGAGGAGUUUUUGAUUGCUGAUUUGUUGAUUCAACAAUAAAUUUGAAUUAAUCAGGAAUAAUAUUGUGAAGAUUUGAUUUCAUUAUACUAGAAAUGGCAGGAGUUCCUCCAACAGGUCCAGCAAUGGCGGCCAAUCCUACUGAACUUCCUAAGACUGAAGAAGUUGUUGAUUAUGGCAAUCUCCCUUGUCCUCUGCCUUAUGAAGAAAUUCAUCGUGAAUCUUUGAUGUCUCUGAAGCCAGAAGUCUUUGAAGGGAUGCGCUUUGACUUUACUAAAGCCCUUAGCCCGAAAUUUUUUCUUAGUCACUGUGUGACGAUGGGGCCGAUAGAAGUUCCCUCUCAAAACCCAGAGCCUAUUAAAAUCCCGACUGCCAACUACGAGUUUGGUGCUAACUUUCUAGACCCAAAGUUGAUGCUUAUUGGAAGGGUUUCACACGACGGUAGACUAAAUGCAAGGCUUAAGUGUGAUUUGACAGAUAAUUUAACUUUGAAGGGAAAUGCUAUGCUGUCAAGCGAGCCUCACCAGUCUCAAGGGAUGGGUACUUUUGAUUACAAGGGAAAUGAUUACAGGGCUCAGCUUCAACUAGGCAGUGGUACACUUAUUGGGGCAAAUUACAUACAGAGUGUGACCCCAAAUAUCUCUCUAGGUGGUGAAAUUUUCUGGACUGGUCAGCAUAGAAAAUCUGGUGUUGGUUAUGCUGCUCGAUACAAUAAUGACAAGACGGUUGCUACUGGACAAGUGGCUAGCACAGGAAUGGUUGCACUUAGUUAUGUCCAGAAGGUAUCCGAAAAGCUUUCUUUUGCAACUGAAUUUUCAUACAACCAUAUGUCAAAGGAUGUUACAGCUACAGUAGGUUAUGAUGCAGUGCUACGCCAGGCACGUGUUAGAGGGAAGAUAGACUCCAACGGUUGUGUUACUGGUUUUCUUGAGGAGAGACUCAAUCUGGGUCUAACCUUUUUACUUUCUGCAGAGCUCGAUCACAAGAAGAAAGAUUACAAAUUUGGUUUUGGUUUUACAGUUGGGGAGUAAAACAUGGAGGUCCAAUUCCAACUUUCAAAGUUUACUACUAGGAGCAAUAUCCAGUUUUGGAGGAUGGAUUUUUUUGUUCUGUUUUCUUGGUCGAAAUCAGUUCUGUACUCUUAUAUUCAAAGAUACUGAUUCAUAGGGCAUUAUAUUCGUCUCAUUUUACACCUUUUGGGGCCGAGAAUACUGUUUCAUAAGUACUCUUCUAGUUUUUCGAGUAGAGUUGUCUUAGAAUUCCAUAUAGUCAAAGAUUCUCUCUCCCAUGGCCUUCAUCAUCAUUGCAAACAAUUGAAGUUCCAGUGAUGUUGGCUAAUAAACCACUUGCGGAGUCGAGGCUAGUUUUUUUCAUCAACCUGUACAAUUUCAUAAUUUAUUCUUUCUUUCCCUUUUAAAGAAAUGCAGAUGCAUUUAUUAUUAA